AUGGCCAAGAACAAGUUCCUCCCUUCCUUGACGGUGAAUCAGCAGCAGCUGCAGCAGCAGCAACACCGCAGCCCUACCAUGCUCUCGGGUAAUGUGGCGGCGCUUCAGAUACGGACUACUCGGCCCGUUAUUCAGCCUUUGUCUGAGGAUAUAAAGGAAUCAGUUGUAGAGGAUAAGGUUAUGCAGACAAAGUGUGUUGACUUUGAUGUUUCUGAAAAGAGGAAAGCUGAAACACCAGUGGUUGCAGAUGGUAAUGACCCUAAUGAGGCCACUUCACUAAAUACUGGUAAGAAAAGACGAAUUGAAUGGAGCUGCUCUCUGUGUCAAGUAAUAAACACAAGCAAACAAAACCUGGACCGACACCUGAAAGGGAAGAAACACAAGGACAGGGUGGAAUUGUCAAAUGCUAGUAAGUCAUCAUCACUAGAGGAGGAGAGUGACAAUGAUGAAGGGAAGGCCGAGGAGGCAUUGUUAAAUGCCAGUGAGACACCCGAAGACAGUAACAAUGAUGAAUUCCCAGUAGAUGGAAGUCACAAGCAUCACAAAUUCUGGUGCCAGAUGUGUAGGGUUGGGACUACUACUGAAGCUUUGAUGAAAGAACAUUGCAAUGGAAACGAACACAUGAAUUUACAGUACAGAGCAAUCGAUGAAAGAGCCCCCAAUACUCAGAUUCCUCCUUCUUCUUCUUCUUCAACCACUCUGCCUCUGCCUCUGUCUCGUCCUUUGCAACACCUUACUGCUCUCAAUGGCAGUGUCAAUGAUACCCUAAUGACCCAAAACGCUCUGUCUCUGACUCUGAACAAUAACAACGACAUAGCUUUGGCUCGGCGGCGACUCGAGCUCAAAGCAGAGGUGGAGAGACAGAUGAUGGUAGAGAUGGAACAGAGCAAGAUGUCUUUGCUGAGUCAACACCAGUAUUCUUCAUCACCAUUUGGAUUUUCCCAAGAUUUUUACAACAAUUACAUGGGCAUGAAUCCCUUCUUAAUGAUGAAUCAUCAGCAGCAGCUUCAGCUGCAGCACCACCGCAGCAGCCCUGCCGAGGUCUUUGGUAAUGUGGAGGCGAUUCAGCAGCUGACGACUCCGCCCAUUACUCAGUCUUUGUCUGAGGAUAUAAAGGAACCAGUAGUGGAGGACACGCUUGAUUUGAGAUGCAAGGGUGCUUUUGCUUUCAUUGAAGAAAGCUCUUCUUUACUGGCAAUCAAAGCUUGGGGUAAUAAAGGAAUCCAACCUCUUGAUGAGGUUUGGGUUCUUAGGAACUCUCCUGUGCUGCCACCACCUCCUCCACUCAACACUGCUGCCGCUGCUACCACCACCACAACUACCACUCCCUCCCUCACUCCUCCCGCUUGUCGUUUUAGUUGUCUAAAAUGCUCAAGGUGCUUACAAAAAGAAAAUGAAGAGCUUCCUACCAAAUCAAGUGAAAGUUCAUACUUCUUUAGCUUGACAUUUUUAUUGGAUUUAGUUCCUAGGCUUGAGAUUCACUUGCCAGGAUUUUAUUAUGGAUUGGGUAGCCUUCAUAUGGUUAUGCAGACAAAGAAUGUCAACUUUGUGGAAAAGAGGAAAGCUGAAACACCAGUGGUGGCAGAUGGUAAUGACUCUAAUGAGGCCCCUUCACAUAGUGCUGUUAAGAAAAGUCGAAUCGAAUGGAGCUGCGAUCUCUGUCAAGUAAUAACCACAAGCCAACAAACCCUGGAGGAUCACCUGAAAGGGAAGAAACACAAGAACAAGGUGGCAUCAUUGAAUGCUAAUAAGUUACCAAAGGAUGAGAGUACUAAUGAUGAUGAAGGUAAGAAACACAAGAACAAGGUGGCAUCAUUGAAUGCUAAUAAGAGACCAGAGGAUGAGAGUGCUAAUGAUGAGGAAGUUAAGAAAAACAAAUUCUGGUGCCAAGUGUGCAGGUUAAGGACUAACAGUGAAGCUAUGCUGAAAAGUCAUUGCAUUGGGAAGAAACACCAGGCCAAGGAGGCAUUGUUAAAUGCCAGUAAGACAAUAGAGGAGAGUAAUGGUGAUGAAGAGAAGAAACACGAGGACAAGUUGGCAUUAGUAAAUGGUGGCAAGAUACUAGAGGAGGAGGAGAGUAACAAUGAAGGGAAGGCCAAUUUGGCAUUGUUAAGUCCAAGCAAGACUUCAGAUGAGAGUGACGAUGAAAGCCAGAAGCAUCACUUCUGGUGCCAAAUGUGCAAGGUCGGCACUACCAGUGAAGCUUUGAUGACAGAGCAUCGUCAUGGGAAUGAACAUAUGAACUUGCUGCGAAAAAAAAGAGGGGCUAUCAUUGUCAUAUCCAUGAUGCCAGAGGAUGUCCAAGAAGUUCAAAAAACAGCUGCCAAAAACUUAUUCAAAUAGAGAACAUACUGGAUUAUCAAAAAAAAAAAAAAAAAAAUUAGAGAACGUACUCAUGAAAAUACA